GACACAGAGGUUUGAAUGCGUCUCUGUGGCGGAUUCAUCUUCUCUAGCCCCCUGCAGGACACAGAAGAGUCUGAGAGGAAACUUGAUCAGAGCAGGAGCGAAUGUGUGACCCGCUACAGUCAGGCAAUGAUGGCCACUAAACUGCCUCAGCUUCUCCUUUGCUUUUGGAUAACUUUGCCAUUCUGUAUCACGGAAAAAGUCCAAGAAAGGAGCGGCCGCCAUAGAGACGCGGAGUUCACUGACAAGUACCAGACGUGCAUGCAGGGAGUACCUGGAGUGCAGGGCAGGGAUGGGAACCCGGGGAUAAACGGCAUUCCAGGAACCCCUGGAAUCCCUGGGAGAGACGGACUGAAGGGCGAGAAGGGAGAGUGUGAGUCUGAGAGGUUUGAGGAUCCCUGGAAACCCAACUUCAAACAGUGCGCCUGGAAUUCUCUAAACUACGGCAUUGAUCUGGGCAAAAUUGCCGAGUGCACGUUCACCAAGCAGCGAUCGGACAGCGCUCUGCGUGUGCUCUUCAGCGGUUCUCUCAGGCUCAAGUGUAAGACGGCCUGCUGUCAGCGCUGGUACUUCACCUUUAAUGGGGCAGAAUGCACUGGACCGCUGCCCAUAGAGUCCAUCAUUUACCUGGACCAGGGCAGCCCCGAACUCAACUCCACCAUUAACAUACACAGGACCUCCACAGUGGAGGGGCUCUGUGAUGGGAUCCAGGCCGGGCUGGUGGAUGUUGGGAUCUGGGUGGGCACAUGUGCUGAUUAUCCUCGUGGAGACGCAUCGACAGGAUGGAACUCUGUAUCCCGGGUGAUCAUCGAAGAGCUUCCAAAAUGAGCUCUUCAUCUUCAGAACUGACUGUCAUCAUCACCAUGGCAGAAGAAGACAUCGUGUUCCUGACACAGAAAGGACCUUCUUCACAGAAAUGGGACAAAUUAAAGCUAAUAGAGUUGCUUUGAGUCUGUGCAGCUCUAAAGUCAUGCCAUUAUUAUUCUCAAUGUGAAAGUUGAUGAAUUCAGUAUUCUCGGUUUAGAUAGUACAGA